UGUCGAAGAAGUAUCAAAAUCUAACCGUCAUAUUUUGCUUUUUAUUGAUGAGAUUCACUUGCUUCUUAAGGCAGAUGCCGCUAAUAUACUAAAACCUAUGCUUGCUGAGGGCAAGCUGUCAUGUAUUGGGGCGACAACAUUCGACGAGUAUCGUAAGUACAUCGAGAAGGACAGAGCACUGGUGCGUCGCUUCGAAAUUGUUGAAGUUGAUCAAUCCUCAGUUGAACAUACCGUUAAAAUAUUACAGGGACUGUGUAAAGUAUUUGAGGAAUACCACGGUGUAACCUUCUCUGAACCUGCACUUCAGGAUGCUGCAAAGCUAUCAGAUCGAUACAUAACUAACAAACUUCUCCCUAGCAAAGCUAUUGCUGUGAUAGAUCGAGCUGCCUCUAAAGUAAAACUACGAGUUACUAAAACCAAUGAUGAAUCUGAUACGAUGAAAAGAGGAAAGAGGAUAAUCCAUGACAUCCAAGACAUCAAAAGACUGAAACAUAAGAUGGAGAAUGAUGACAUGAUUAAUCUGAUCCAACCUCAUACUAGAGGUCGUCCUGUGAAUAACGCUUCUUUUAAAGAAAGCAUUGCACUCUCCUUGGAACGGGAACUUCAACAUGCAAAGGACGAGUUGAAUAAAGUUAAGGAGGAGUUGAACGAAUCUAAUCUUGAGCUAGGAGAUGAAGUUACAGCAGAAGAUAUUGCUAGUGUAGUCAGCGAAAUGACUAAAAUACCCCUUGAAAAACUUACAGAAUCAGAGUCUGAGCAAUUGUUGCAAUUAGGGACGGAGCUGCAUAAGCGUGUGGUAGGACAAGAGCAUGCGGUGGAGGCAGUAGUUAAGGCGGUGCAACGCUCGAGAGUAGUUCUUGGAAAUCAAAAGCGUCCCACAGCAAGCUUCAUGUUUAUGGGACCCACGGGAGUUGGAAAGACGGAGCUGGCUAAGGCACUUGCUUAUUUGUUGUUCAACACAGAGGAAGCAUUGGUGCGCUUCGAUAUGAGUGCGUACAAGGAAAAGCAUGCGGUGUCACGCUUGAUAGGGUCUCCACCUGGGUACAAGCAGCAUGAAGAAGGAGGGCAGCUCACUGAAGCCAUUCGACGCAGACCGUAUUCCGUUAUUCUGUUUGAUGAGAUCGAGAAGGCACAUCCGGAGCUUCUAGAAGUCUUGCUUCCCAUCUUGGAUGAAGGCAAAAUAAAGGACGCAGCAGGUCGCUUGGUCAACUUCACCAAUACUGUCAUCAUUAUGACCUCAAAUGUUGGAUCAGAGAAGAUUCUCAGUGACGCCAACGAUAACCUACCUUAUGAAAAUCUCAAGAAGAACGCAAUGGAGGCUGCACGCUCCCACGCCCAUUUUAAACCUGAAUUCAUCAAUCGCAUUGAUGAAUUUCUUGUCUUCUUGCCUCUCAGCACUGACCAAAUCGAAGCCAUUGUCGCGUUACAGUUGAAGGAGUUGGAGAAGAGAUAUGCAAGUCAGCGCGAGAUGAAAAUUCAGGCAACGCCUGGUGCUAUCAAACUUCUUGCGAACUUGGAGGAUGAUGACAAACAAUAUGGUGCAAGGCCAGUGCGGCGGGUGAUUCUGGAUAAAGUGGAGGAUCAACUUGUCCAACGUAUUCUUCGCCAAGAAUUUCAGAACGGUGACACAAUUUCUAUAGGCAUAGACACAACAUCAUCUUCAUCCUCUUCCCCCGCCCAACAGCUUUCUUUUCAGAAGCUGAAUUAGUACAGCUACUUCAUCUUCUAUAACUCAACAAAUGUAAAUUCAUCUACAAAUUUGAGACGCUACUACCAGUGAAAGCCGAGACAUUCCCGCUCCAAAUAUUAUUUAAUAUUUAUUCAGCAACUCGUCAAGGACGAUGAUACCAAGAAUAUAUU